UGCCUUAAACGGAGUUUCCUACUCGUGACGUCAGGCGUAGCUCGGUAAUCUUCGAAAUGGGCAGACAGAGAUAAUCGACACAGGGAAAUUAUCGAUACGUUGUUAUUUUGUAUAGUUUAACCUACCAAUUGUUAUAAAUUGUAAACAUGGAGAUGGUUAAUUCUCCAAAAUAGACCGUGUCGAUCCAUGGCAUUUAAAGGGUCAUCAGCAUUGUCAAAACGCGAGCCUCUGCUCUCUGUGAUCCAUUAAAACGCCUGCUCCUUGCUGUAUCCUCGCCAUGGCGUCGUGUCUCCUCUCUCUCAGUAACAGAAAGUGGCCGCCUCUCCGCUGUUGCUGUCGACUCAAAGCUCACAGACUCGCUCGUUGCCUCAACCCGCCAUUUUGGAGUCUGUGAACCGAGAGUCGCCAGCAACGACGUGAGACGCGAAAAGGGGGACACGGGGCCGAGGUGAGAGACACGGAGGUGGUUGUUAUGGCGAAGGAGCAUAGGGGAAAGAUGGCCGGGAGGAAGAAAGAUUUAGAACAUAGGGAUCUCUCGUUCAGCUUGUGUCCGCAUCAAAGAUACGAGAGGUGCGGGUGGCAGGCCUGGCUACUCCCGUGACGCAACUAUCUCAAAAUGUCAAUUAAACCAUCAACUUUUCUUAACACAUUGUUUGAAAAUUGAGGUGUUGGCCUUAAAGAGACAGAGGCAAUUUGCAUACCUCAUAUUAAUAGUGUGAGAGAUAGUGUAAAUUAGGUAAAUGCAUCAGUAUUUCAUAGGCUAAUGUUAUCGAUCAAACGCUGCAGAUCUAUAAGGAUACAACAGUAAAUAUGUAGUUUUAUGUGAAAGGAGCUGAAAACACACUUCAGUAUAAACAGUCGUUGAAAUCGUAACGUGCUUUACGUAUAGUAUGUCUGCAUGUGCAUAUCAUCACCUUGACCCUAUUUAUCGCAGGGAGUGUAGCUUGUGCUAAAAGUAGCUAACGGCUGUUAGCAGCCGUUACCAAACAUGCACUACUCAUGGGCUUUCCACCUUUGAAUUGAUUCUUUGACCCAAGUGCAAUGACUUCAUUUACUAACAAGUAAAAGUUGCUGCCCUGCUGGGCAGAGGCGUCUGUGUGUCAUGGCAUCAGGGCAGAGUGGCCGUCCUGAGAUUGGUGGAACUGGUACCUCAGGACUGGCCAAACCCCUCUACCUGCAACGCUUAGAAAGAUCCCUGAGGUUGGACAGUUUCUUGCGUCACACUGCAAACAUCUUUAACAAAGACAUAACCAGUGACGACAGUGAUGACAGUGAUGGUGCACUGGGUACUGAACUAUCUCUGGACCACUCAACACCACAUCCACUGACAGUGAAAAGUGAGUUUUGUGAACAGGGAGAAGAAUUGGCAGAGAACAAGCCUCUUAAUGGAAUCCUUCAAGGUAAAGACCAAAAGGCAGAUAAAGCAAGUCUCUACAAUUUCUCCAAGCUGAAGAAAAACAGGAAAUGGCUGAAGAGUAUUCUGUUGACCGAUGACACCACCGGCUCAGACACAGACUCUGAUGACUCAGAUUUUGCCUUGUCUCGGGAGGAGCUACAUGACAUGCUCAGGCUGCAUCGCUUCACCAGGCAGCAUCAGAGCAAGUUCCACUCAGAUCAUGAGCUCCACCAGUACCAGUACUACAGCACUGGACUCUUGUCCACACACGACCCCUUCUAUGAGCAACAGCGCCAACUGCUGGGCCCAAAGAAGAAGAAAAUUAAAGAUGAGAAGAAAUUCAAGGCCAAACUGAAAAAGGUGAAGAAGAAGAAAAAACGUGGCGAGGGAGACUUUACAGAAGAGGGACUUUCUUACACCAAUAAGGUUUUUGCCAGGUUUUCCCAUGAUGCACCACUGCCCUUAGUGAAAAAGAAACAUCUAACCGUUGAGCAGCUGAAUGCACGACGACGUAAAGUUUGGCUCACCAUCGCCAAAAAGGAGAUUCCUAAAUCUUUUAAACAAAAAACCUCUGCAAAGAAUCUGGUGCUAACCAAUGCCAAAAAGCUGGCUCAUCAGUGCAUGCGAGAAGUACGACGUGCCGCCAUCCAGGCUCAGAAGAACUGUAAGGAGACAUUACCCCGGGCUCGACGCCUCACCAAGGAGAUGAUGCUUUACUGGAAGAAAUAUGAAAAAGUAGAGAAGGAGCACAGGAAGAGGGCAGAAAAGGAGGCCCUGGAGCAACGCAAACUAGACGAGGAGAUGAGAGAGGCCAAACGUCAGCAACGCAAACUAAACUUCCUCAUCACCCAGACAGAGCUUUAUGCUCAUUUCAUGAGUGGUAAAGCCAGUGUGGGAGGUCCGGGAGGUGACACCGCCCAGGAGGAAAUACUUAGAAAGCUGGAUGACACUGCGGCACAGAGACAGAUAGACAUUGGAGGAGGCGUCAUGGUCAAUGUGGGGCAGGAGGAAUAUGAUAGUGAAUACUACAAGUCCCAGGCCCUGAGGAAUGCCAAAGAGGCCUACCAGAUUCAUCAAGAGAAAACACGAAUGUUUGACGAGGAGGCUAAAGAUAGCCGCUUUGCGUCCCUGCAUGCCGCUGGUGGCUUGUCCUCUGGCCUCGGCUCUGGGUUUGGAGAGAGCUACAGCCUCUCCAACCCAUCCAUCAACGCUGGAGAAGACAUUCCUCAGCCCACUAUCUUUAAUGGAAAACUCAAGGGUUACCAGCUCAAAGGCAUGAACUGGCUGGCUAACCUCUAUGAGCAGGGAAUCAAUGGUAUCCUAGCCGAUGAGAUGGGACUGGGAAAGACAGUUCAGAGUAUCGCCCUUUUGGCACAUUUAGCAGAGAGAGACAACAUCUGGGGUCCAUUCCUGAUCAUUUCUCCUGCAUCCACACUCAACAAUUGGCAUCAGGAGUUCACCCGCUUUGUGCCCAAAUUUAAGGUGUUGCCAUAUUGGGGAAACCCUCAUGAUCGUAAAGUUAUUCGGAAAUUCUGGAGCCAGAAAACCCUCUACACUCAAAACGCGCCAUUCCAUGUGGUUAUCACAAGCUACCAGCUGGUGGUCCAGGAUGUCAAAUACUUCCAGAGAGUCAAGUGGCAGUACAUGGUCCUGGAUGAGGCUCAAGCACUAAAAAGUAGUUCGAGCGUUCGGUGGAAAAUCCUACUGCAGUUCCAGUGUCGAAACAGACUCCUGCUCACUGGGACUCCCAUUCAGAACACAAUGGCUGAGCUGUGGGCUCUGCUGCAUUUCAUCAUGCCCACGCUGUUUGAUUCCCACGAAGAGUUCAAUGAGUGGUUCUCCAAGGACAUCGAGAGUCACGCUGAAAACAAGUCGGCGAUCGAUGAGAACCAACUUUCCAGGCUGCACAUGAUCCUCAAGCCCUUUAUGCUGCGCAGGAUCAAGAAGGACGUGGAAAACGAGCUUUCAGACAAGAUUGAGAUCCUGACCUACUGCCAGCUGACAUCUCGACAGAGGCUGCUCUACCAGGCCUUGAGGAAUAAGAUCUCCAUCGAGGACCUGCUCCAGUCCUCCAUGGGCACAGCCCAGCAGUCUCACACCACCACCUCCUCACUCAUGAAUCUAGUCAUGCAGUUCAGAAAGGUGUGUAACCACCCUGACUUGUUUGAGCGCCAAGAGACACGCUCUCCAUUCCACAUGUCCAUGAAGCCCUACAUCAUGUCAAAGUUUCUUUACCGCCAUGGCCUCAUCCACACAAACAACCAGCUCAAAAACAAAUUGCUUCAAGUGCUUUUGUCUCCAUUUUCUCCAAACCACAUCCAACACUCUCUGUUUCACAGAAAAGGUGAUGACAAGGGAAGUUGUUUCUCCUUCCUGCGUUUCAUCGACAUCUCACCGGCUGAAAUGUCCAACCUUAUGCUGCAAGGCACUUUAGCAAGAUGGUUAGCCCUUUAUCUGUCCCUAAAAGCCGCUUACCGGCUCCACUACCAGCGCCUGUUUGGCUCUGAAGAAGAGACACAGCAGGAUCCUGGAGGCAGCGAGCAGAUCAGAGACACACCGCAGCCCAGUCACAAGUGUCUGUCUCGCAGGGACUUUAUUCUGUGGCUUAACAAACCCACUGCCUUCCCCAGCACACACACCAGUCCCAUCUUCCAGGAUUUGGUGUUCACAGCAUCCAGGCCAGGCAUGCUGGGACAUACGGAUGAGAAGAUCCUCAACAGGAAUUCCACCACUGUUACGGUUCGUCCAUGUCGACCCAGUCUACCACCAAAGUUCCUGCUCACUGCCACUCCAAGGGUGACGGCCGUUCCCAUGGAGCGUUACACAGAUGAUCGCAGCGCCGCAUAUGAGUGGUGGGUAACCCGCGGUGGAGGAGGAACCGUCUUCAAACAGUGUUUCCUCUACGGCUCUCCCGAACUUGCAUCUGACUGGUGCACAAGGGCUAAUUUCUUCCAUCCAGUGAGUCCCGGGGGUGUGAUGGCGUUGCACCCUCGCCAUGGAUGGACCUUCAUUCAGAUACCGGACAAAGAAAGUCUGAUCACAGAAAGCGGCAAACUUCACACUCUGGACAUCCUCUUGAGUCGGCUAAAAGUGCAGGGGCACAGGGUCCUCAUCUACUCCCAAAUGACGCGCAUGAUAGACCUGCUGGAGGAGUACAUGGUUUAUCGCAAACACACCUACAUGCGACUUGAUGGAUCCUCUAAAAUCUCGGAACGCAGAGACAUGGUGGCUGACUUCCAGAGUAGGACGGAUAUCUUUGUGUUUCUCCUGAGUACCAGGGCAGGAGGCCUGGGCAUCAACCUGACAGCUGCUGACACUGUCAUCUUUUACGACAGUGACUGGAACCCCACGGUGGACCAGCAGGCCAUGGACCGGGCCCACAGGCUGGGUCAGACCAAACAGGUCACCGUUUAUCGCCUCAUCUGUCAGGGUAGCAUCGAGGAGAGGAUCCUGCAGCGGGCCAAGGAGAAGAGCGAGAUCCAAAGGGUGGUGAUCUCCGGAGGAAACUUUAAACCAGACACACUCAAACCCAAAGAGGUGGUCAGUCUGCUGCUGGACGAUGACGAGCUGGAAAAGAAAUUGAGGCAGAGGCAGGAGGAGAAGAGGCUACAGGAGGAGAGCAGCAAGGUGAAGGAGCGCAAGAGGAAGAGGGAGAAGUACGCCGAGAAGAAGAAAGAGGAGUCAGAGAGCAAGAGGAAAAAGGAGACCAACCUGGUCAUCUCCCAUGCCCCUUCAGCUGAUAACUCCAACAUGUCUGCAGAUGGAGACGACUCUUUCAUCAGUGUGGACAUGGACUCUGCAAUGCCUAGUCCAUUCAGUGAGAUCUCCCUGAGCAGUGAGCUCCAGCCCGGAUCAUUGCCACCAGACCCGGAUGUGGACGAGAGCAGCAGUGACAUGCUGGUCAUAGUGGAUGAUCCAGUGUCUUCAGCGCCUCAGUCUCGUGCCACCAACUCACCAGCUUCUGUCUCCGGAUCAGUCUCUGACAACAUGAAUGGUUUUUCAGCCUCCGACACAAUAAGUCCAGGCAGAGGACGGUCACGGAGUCGGGGAAGACCUAAAGGAUCAGGGGGUGGAACCAAGUCAGGAGGAAAAGGACGUGGACGCAAAUCAACAGCAGGCAGUGCGGCAGCAAUGGCGGGAGCGAUGGCCGGCGCUGCAGCAGCGUCAGCAGCGGCUUACGCUGCCUAUGGCUACAGUGUUUCCAAAGGAACACUGUCUGCAUCCACCCCCCUGCAACCGGCUCUUGGUCGGCCAGGUGCCAGCACAGCAUUCAACCCCAGCAGAAGCUCAUCUCCUCAGACCAAAGCAGGCUCCUCUACACCGAGUCCUCACAAACAGCUGUCCCACAGCCACCAACACCACAGCACAGGCACUGUCAGGAAAGGAAAGGGCACUGGUUGUCCAGGGGCCCGAUGAUGGUAUUCACACUUUGGACACACUGACAACAUAUGCUACUGUUUUCUUGCAGUAUUCAUAUGUACUCAGUCGCACCACAUGGAGAACCAUACUACUACUAAAAGUUAAAAGUACAGAUCACAUUUUCUCAUAUUUUCUAAUACGUUUCUUUUCACGCGUUACGUCAGUGUUUACUCUAGAUUUUUUUUCUGCAUAAUGUCAUCAGUGUUUUCAAUUUUUUUUUCAAGAACACAAAGUUGUUUUUUUUCCUAAAGAAAGCUCUUUUUUUCACUAAAUAGCAACAACACAACAGAACAGAAAUUAACAUGUGCAGAUCAAAGGGCUUUGGAGUCAUUGUAUUUUCCAGAGUUUCUGUCAAUACACUGAGUCAUGUCUUCCAUUUUUUUCCUUUCGUUUUCAGUUAUAUUGAUUAGACUAUUUAAAUUGACUGUAGAUCUAAUCUUAACAAACUAUACUAAAUUAUUCUGCAUUAAAAAACAUCUGAUCAACCAACUUAACAAUGAAUCAACAACAUUUCUACUAAAGCUCUUAUUUUUGUAAUCAUAACCCAAACCAAUAUAGCAGGGUUUUUUUGUUGUUGUUUUUUUUAGAAAUAAAAAAAUCCAACUUUUACAAUUGAAACAAAAGUAAUUCAUGUAUUUGUCUGCCUCGUGGCAAGAAAAUGAUUGGAUAAUGUAGAUUUCUUUUUCAAAAACAAGUCCUUCAGCUGCUGCUAUUAUUUAAGUUAUUUGAGUUGUGUUAAAGUGAGUGGUUAUUGGUUGUAAAUGUGACGAUCACGCAACAUGUUAAUAGUGUGAUUAAAAUAUAUUGUUCUAUAUGAUGUAAAUACCGUUGAAAAUAAGGUUUCCUCUGGCUUUUCCCUUGUUUGCCUGUCUAUUUUUAUAGAGCAUGUGUACAUAUAAAGAAAAGCACCUGCCAUUUUAUUUAGAAAUAAAACAAUUAUAAAUUAAA